AUGCCUGCUGUCGAGUUGACCGUCAAGGCCAUCCUCUUCGACUCGGAUGGCACCCUGAUCGACUCAACUCCCGCAGUCAAACGCACGAUUGCUCGCUGGUGUGCGGUUCAGCAAGUUGACCCGCGCGAGUUCGCCGCCGCACAGCAUGGCACGCGCGCCAAGGACUUGCUCCGACGCUUUGCGACGACGCCGAAGAAAGGGAGCGAGAUGAGCGAGGAGGAACUGGACGCCGCGGUCGAGGAGCUGGAAAAGAGUGUCGGCGAGACGGCAAGACAAAUGAAGGCGCACGGCGAGGGAAGCGGGAUUGUCGCCUUACCCGGAGUACUUGAGUUGCUCGCGAAGCUGCAGGGAGGAGGAGCGCAGUGGGGCAUCGUGACAUCUGCCACACGCAUACACGCCGUACCCGCUCUCGAGAUCGCUGGCAUCCUCGCGCCGCCCGUGAUGGUCACGGGAGAACAAGUAUCGGCCGGAAAACCUUCGCCUGAGCCGUACUUGAUCGGCAUCGACCGGCUGCGGGACCUCCAGCCAGACCUGAUGCCUCUCGAUGUCCUCGUCGUCGAGGACGCUCCCGCCGGCUUCGAAAGCGCCUAUUCCGCGGGCGCCCGCCUCCUCGCCGUCUGCACCGAGCCAGUCGAGGCUGCGGAAGUCCAAGAAGCUGCAAGCAAGGUCAACGGCGCGGUGGUCGUGAAGGACUUGACGGCCGUCUCCGUCCUUCAAUGCAGCUCGGAAAGUAUCACCCUGCGCGUCGAGCUGGCGGACAUUGUGGUGUAG